AGAUUAAGAUUUUCGUCUAUUUUAUUUGUAACACAAUAAACAAAUUAAAUAUAAGAAUAAUUGUGAGUACAGGUGUCCAUUCGAGUUAGUUUGCCAUAAUUAGUGCUGAUGUGGCUAAAGUUUGGGUAAAAAGGUUAGAAAGACGAAAGAAACAAGGGUGAGUUAAACAACAUAAACUGCUGUUAACACCUCAACUCAAGAGAGUGCUCAAGAAGAAGAAGAUGAAGAAAAAUGUGUAAAGUGACACUGACACUGUCACUCACUGCACCCUCUUCUUUCUUAACUUCGACCUACGAGACUUCACUUCAUUUUUAUUAGAACCCAAGAUAGAAAAAGGGUUACAUAAGUUUGAUGAGAAAAACACAAAGAGAGUGAGAGAAAAUGGAGAGGAAACAAAAAGCAAGAUCGAAAAAGCAAGGAUUAAUGGUGGGGAAAAGAGGAGAAAGAGGGCCCUGUACUCCACCACCCAGAUGGAGGUUAGAGUUUAGUACUACCGACUUCGAAGAUACCAACUUCAAAAACAACAACAAUCAUAGAGCCUGUACGGAAUUUCUCAUUAGUACUCCACCAAAUGUCUCUGCUAGGAAGUUGUGUGCCAGUCUUUGGGAUUUUGAGUCUCAUCGUUCUUCACUUGAUAAAGUGGGCAAAGGACAAGUCAGAAUCCGCCGCCGCCAACUCAAGAGUAAUGGGUUUAAGCUUCCCAUACAUAUUGCCCAUCUGUCUCAUGCCAAUCCUGGCAAUGAAGAAGAAGAGCCAGCAACUGCUAGCAGCUUGGGCAGAGCUUCUUCAGGAUCCUUUGUGAAAGAUCAUCGAUCAUCACGUGAAAGGAGCAACUAUGCUUUGCAGCCUGUUUCUCCUCCUAGCUAUGAAAGUAAUUCGAUGGAGGUGGGAACUUAUAAGCCUGCCCUUACUCCCACCAGUUCCUUGGAUUUAAAGUUUAAAAUGAAUGAUCAUGGCCUUAAAACUUCGACGGAGCUACUCAAAGUACUUAACCGGAUCUGGAGUAUUGAAGAACAACAUGGGUCUAAUGUAUCGUUAGUGAAAGCGCUGAAAAUGGAAUUAGAUCAUUCCCGAGCAAGAAUUAAAGAGUUGCUGAAAGAAAAGCAGACGGAUAGGGAACAAAUGGAUGAUUUGAUGAAGCAAGUUACGGAUGGUAAACUAGUUAGGAAGAGUAUUUUGCAAGACCGAAUUAGAGCAGCAGUACAAUCAGUUCGAGAUGAGCUAGAUGAUGAGAGGAAGUUAAGGAAGCGUUCAGAAAGCCUGCAUCGGAAGCUAGCUUGUGAGCUUUCUGAAAUGAAUUCUUCUUUUUCCAAUGUUUUGAGAGAACUUGAAAGGGAGAGAAAAGCAAGGAUCCUGUUAGAAAACUUGUGUGAUGAGUUUGCAAAGGGAAUAAGAAACUAUGAACAGGAGGUUCGAUCGCUGAAGCACAAGCUUGAGAUGGAUCAAAGAGGCAUAGACAAACCUGAGAAGUUAAUUCUCCAUAUAUCAGAAGCAUGGCUUGAUGAGCGAAUACAAAUGAAGCUAGCCGAAGCAGAAAACAACAUUGCAGAAAAAAUUACGAUAGUGGAGAAGCUAGGUUUCGAUAUAACAACCUUUCUUCAAGCUAAACAGACAGUAUCCAGGGAAAAUGGUCAAUUAUCACCAAAGGAAGAACUCGGCCUUCAACGACAUUCAUUGGAGUCGUUUCAACUGAAUGAAGCUGGAAGUGCACCUCGUCAUUUAGGCGAUGAAGAUUCUACUGAUUGUGAUUCGCUUUCAUUAGAAGUAAUCAACAAAACACCUGGUGUCAAACUAAACAAAAGCACUGAAAGACAACAUAAUAAAAAUACUUCAGAAGGCUAUCAUGAAGGAUUGUCAAAGUCUAAUUCUUUGAAGAAAAAAUUUCGGUCACAGGUACUGAUCAAAGGCGGUAGCCACUCUGGGGAGAGAUUGACUAGAGCCAUGUCAUGUAAUGGAGUUAGAUUUUCCAGAGAAAACUUAGAAGCAACAGAUGAUCUUAAACAUUCUGAAUUGCCCAAGACAUUAAAAUCAGAUCAUGUGAUCGAAAACUUGAUUCAAAAUUGCUGCAAGGAAGAAUCUUGUUUGCAAUCUGUGUUGGCUGGUGAUGCUAGUUCAAUACAGCAGUGGAAGUCUAAAAUGGUAACCCCAGAUUUUGAAAAAUCAGAAUCUUCCUUAAGAUGGCCUCAGGAACUAAAUGAAAACACAUUGAUGGCAAAGCUAAUUGAAGCCAGGUUAGAAAGAAGAAGGCGUUCGAGCUCAAAACUUUCAAAAGGCUCUAUAUAGAUCAUGGUAAAAGCUGAUCUAAACAGUUUAGUAAGCAAUGGAAAUAUUCAAGCAAUCUUUUCUCUGAUUUCUAGCCAUUGUAGAAUCACAACAGUACUUGUACAUACAAGUUGCGUCCUUGUUAUGUUUACAUAUUUAUAUUUAUUCAUUUCUGAUUUGAUGAUCAACACAACAAUAUUACCUAGUGUUCUCCGGAACCAGCAUAUAUGUAUAAAUGUAGAAUAAUUAGUUUUAUUAUCUCCUGAAUUUUUUACACUA